CCAGAAAUAAGAUCUGACAAAAAUGCCCAUUUCUCAUAAACGAGUACGGAACCCAGUGGUUAUAUCAUUCUGUCAAUAUCACCAUCCUUUUGUUCAAUAAACUAAACGUAAUUGGGGGGUUGCUUCUUCCUUUUUUCUGGUGUUUUCUUUUUGCUUUAGUGAUUUGUGUUUGUGUGGCGGAUAAUUUGAGUGAACACGGAAAGUUCUCGCGAUGUCUCCCACGUCCAUUUUCCUGAUCGCCUGCCUGUCCAUGUUCCUGUACGCAGCUAACGCCGUGGGCAGGCGGUUCGAGCACGGAACAAUUCGCAAGAGAAACGUGGGACGGUCCGGCCGAUAUUUCCAGAGAUUGAACAACCCUCGUCGUCAACCCCCGCAAUGGAACAUAAACGCCGCUUUAACGAACGAAUCUGAUUGGUCGAGGUUCAUACCCGACAUACCUACAGGCGACGAAGUCGACUGCUACGUGGAAGUUGAAGUGGUCCACCGCGUCGGCGGAAGGUGCGUUCGACUGGGAGGGCAGCGGCGCAUGGCCGUCUGCCAGUCUGGCAUGUAUCUGGACGUCCACAGCGACAUCUGCAGGGCGCGCAUGCGACAAACGCAGACAGAAAUUGCAGCGUCGGCGGCUGCAGAGGCAGCAGCGUCCGGUGAGCCAUCAGAGCCGGUGGCGUCCUCGAGGGGUUCGUCAUCAGGAGUUUCACACCGAGAGCAUUUCAGGAACCAACAGAGAAUGGCAGAGCUCGUGACGCAAAACGCGCAACCGGAAAUGGAUUCCAGCGUUCCUGUUGUCAGUGCAGACAUCGAUGACUGAGUAGCGCUUUGUAUUUUCUUUCAUGAGAUCUGCAUUGUCUCGUUUUAUCAAAACUUUAGACUGUUGAGCAGCAAAUGCAGUUCAGUUAUAGUGUUAUGAUGAAGUAGUUGAUUUUAGUGUAUUUUCACAAAUA